AGAGGCAAGGCAGGCAGGGUGGGAGAACCGACCAACCCAGCGCUCACAAGCGACAGCACCACGGCAGAGUGAAAACGAGGCGGGGGAUUGGGAACACUGAAUACAGAGCUUAGCGUACUCGAGUCGCGUACUGGAGCAGCUAAGAUCACUGAUAUAUCUGGAGGAAAAGUUCCGCACAAAACAAACCGCCGUUGGCCAGCUUAUUCUUUGAAGAGAAAGAAGAUACCGCUAAAAAGUCUAGCUGAUCCCCAGUGAGAGAUGUGGAUCCCCCCAGCCCUCCAAUGCUGAGCACCAAUAGAGGUCAAAGGUCGACACGGUUAGAAGGGGUCAACACCGUCAUGGCUGACAGAGAUGGGCAUGGCGGCGGGGUGGAUGUGCCCACCAUCGCCCCAGGCCAGGUGUACGUGGAGGUGGAGUACGACUAUGAGUACACGGCCAAGGACAAGCUGAUCUCCAUCAGGCAGGGGGAGUGCUACAUGCUGGUCAGGAAGACCAACGAGGACUGGUGGCAGGUGAGGAAGGAGGAGGGGAUGAAAGCCUUCUAUGUUCCAGCACAGUACGUCAGGGAAGUGCGCCGGGCGCUCAUGCCCCCUCAGAAGCCUCUCGUGUCGUGCGGGAUUGGUGGGGUGAGUGGGGCGUUCCGUGUGAAGCCUACAGUUCUGGAUAUAUGCAGAGCGUCCAAUGAGAACCUCAACAACAGGCCGCCUCAGGAGAUGUCUAGUUUUGGGCGUCCGUCGCCCUCCUCCACGCCGUCGCCCUUUCCGGUGCACGUCACCCCGCCCACUCUGCCCAAGGACGCCAACCAGAACCCGGGCAGCCCGCGGCACAGCAAGCCCCCUGGUGUAGCCGAGCUGGUGCUCCUACACAACAACAAUAACCAUCACCACAGCAACAACUCCACGUUACCACGGAUGCGGGCGGACUCUCCGCCCCCCAGGGCCCCUUACAACGACCAUAAACGCCACCAGGGAAGUGAUGAUAGAGAACAGACCCCCUCCUCUUCUGGCGACUCCCCGGGGGAGGGGUCGGAGACGCUCCGGAACGACUCGGAGUCUGGAGACGACCUAAGUAGCAGCUCUGCUGAACACAUGCAGACGACGUCUCCGGCGGGGCAGGGCCGGCCCGAGUCCCCUGUCUACACCAACCUCCAGGAGCUGAAGAUCUCCCAGUCCAGCCUGCCCCCCCUUCCUUCAAGCUCCCCACUGCAUGUCCUCGGGGACUGGGAGACCCACAAGGACCUCACCGGCAGACACUUCUACUAUAACAGAGCCUGCGGCGAGCGCACGUGGAAACCGCCCCGCGUACGGGAUGCGACUUGCAGUACCAGUAGUAGUCGGGGAGACCCCCAUGGCACAGGAGAGAUGGAGCCAGAGUCUUCCGAGGAGAACUGUCACAGCAGCACCUACUCCAGUCAGUCGGACAGUCAGUACGGCACGCCCCCUAGAGGCUGGUCGGAGGAACUGGACGAACACGGACACACCCUCUAUGUCUGUGAAUAUACUCAUGAGAAGUGGAUAAAGCACGUGGACGAGCAGGGAAGGCCGUACUACUACAGCGCUGAUGGGUCCAGGUCAGAAUGGGAGCUACCCAAAUACAACUUGUCUCCUCCCCAGCCAGGCGAUCCCCCCAAGAGUCGUAGUCUGGAGCGGAAACAUCCAGACCCCAUCGUCCUGACCAAGUGGAGACACAGCACCUACGUACUAGACCUCAACGACAAGUUCUUUUUCAAAAAACUCAGACGCUUUGAAUCGAGCCAUCACAUGGGGAGAUCUGGUCGCAAUCUUUACCGUGGUAAACCCUCUGAGAAGUGUGGAGUCCUCAACGUCACCAAAAUCACUGAGAAUGGCAAGAAAGUCAGGAAGAACUGGACAUCUUCGUGGACAGUACUCCAGGGCUCCUCACUGCUCUUCGCUAAAGGACAGGGGAGUGGCACCAGCUGGCCGCACUACCGUAGUGGCUCCAUCCCUGAGCUGCUGCUCACUCUGCUGGCCAACUGGAAGCGUUCGGUCAAGCCCUGCCCAGCUGUCUCCUAUGUCCACUCUGUCCAUGGGCGUGCCCCAGCUGCCACUAAGUUUGUGGGUAACCAGUCGAAGCCGGAGUUCACUGUGGAUCUCAGAGGGGGGUCAGUUGAUUGGGCAUCCAAGGAUAAGUCAAGCAAGAAGCACGUCAUUGAACUGAAGACCCGUCAGGGGACGGAGCUGCUGAUCCAAUCAGAGAUUGACAGCGUCAUCAACGACUGGUACCGAGCCCUGACAGACACCAUCAGCACACAUGCAUGGGAGUCAGAUGAGGCCAUAGAGGAGGACAUGCCUGAGUCCCCCGGGGCAGAGAAACAAGACAAGGAGAAGGACCACCGAGACUCCAAGAAAAACAGAGCGAUGAAGACGUCUAUAAGUAUGGACUCCACUGACCAGAAAAAGACUAGAGUGAAGCUGAAGAAGUUCCUGACCCGCCGACCCACCUACCAGGCCGUCAAGGACAAGGGAUACAUUAAAGACCAGGUGUUUGGCUGCAGUCUGAGCAGCCUGUGUCAGAGGGAGAACACGUCAGUGCCCAACUUUGUCACCACGUGCAUCGACCACGUGGAGACCACAGGUCUGAGUAUAGAUGGCAUAUACAGAGUGAGUGGGAAUCUAGCUGUGAUACAGAAGCUGCGCUUCGCUGUGAAUCACGAUGAACAGUUAGAACUGGAGGACAGUAAGUGGGAGGACAUCCACGUCACCACGGGAGCCCUGAAGAUGUUCUUCAGAGAGCUGCCUGAACCACUCUUCACCUACGACUCCUUCAACGACUUUAUCAACGCCAUCAAAUGCUCGGAUUACAAGCAGCGAGUAAACUCAAUAAAAGACUUAAUCAAGCAGUUGCCAAAACCGAAUCAUGACACAAUGCAAUGCCUCUUCAAACAUCUCAGAAGGGUGAUUGACCAUGGAGAGGCCAACCGAAUGACGACCCAGAGCGUAGCGAUCGUCUUCGGUCCUACCCUGCUCAGACCUGAGACCGAGACUGGGAACAUCGCUGUUCACAUGGUAUAUCAGAACCAGAUUGUUGAGCUCAUCUUACUGGAGUAUGAGAACAUCUUCGGCAGGUAGAAAAAAAGAAACACCUGAUGAAGAGGCCUGUGAGAGAAAGAGAAUGGUCUGGUGACUGGUCGAACUCAACACUGCUUAUUUUGGUGACUGAAACAUUGCUGCUGUGGACCAAGCAAUUUAAAGAAAGAAAAACAAAAAUGUAAUUAUUGUUCAUUUGAUAAAAAGAUUAAUAAAGGAAGCUAGUGAA